AUGGGAGCAGGACAAUCAUCGACAUCUGCAGCACAAGCGCAAAAAUCCCAUGCCCUGCAUGUCUUACGAGUCACUGCUUCAUCGCCAGCCUCGCAGACGUCCAUAGAGCCAUUCUUUGACUUCAUCGUUGGCUUCGACGGCAGCGAUGCUUUCUACGCUGAGAGCGAUAUAGAUGCUACAGAGCUCGAAAGGAUAGUAGAAGAACAUGAGGAGAAAACGCUUAAUCUUCUAGUCUGGAACAGUAAAACGCGCACAACUCGAGUUGUACCAAUUGUUCCCUCGCGGGCUUGGGCUUUGACACAACAAGCAUCUAUCCCACAAGACGAUGUUGAGAACUCUCCUCAACCUUCUUUGUUGGGUUUGAGCAUGCGGAUGUGCGAAUUCGAGAAUGCGACAAACAAUGUUUGGCAUGUUCUUGAAGUUCUAGAAGGAAGUCCAGCAGAAAGCGCCGGUCUUGUUCCUUACGGCGACUGGAUAAUAGGAUGGUCCGGCGGCAUAUUGACCGCGGAGAACGAUUUUUACGAUGUCGUGGAAGCUCAUGUUGACAAGCCGUUGCGAGUUUAUGUCUAUUCAUAUGAUUUCGACAACCUCAGAGAGGUCGUACUGGUGCCCAAUCGCCAUUGGGGUGGCGAAGGGCUAUUAGGAUGCGUUUUUGGCUUUGGACUUCUCCACCGCAUUCCGUCGCAGACGGCGGACGGCCCAUCAGGCGCUGUCCUCCAGAAUUCUCACAGUGACCUUGAGGAUCAGCAGCUCUUUGUUCCCGCCGAUGUUUCACAGGGCUCACGAUCUUUCGGGGCAGAAGAUCAGAGACGUCCUUCCUUCGGAGUUCACCAGCGCCCAAGUGACAUUGCACAUCCUCGUCCCACCCACUACAAUGAAGCCACGCAAGGGCGACGGCCCGCUGGCGACGUGCUCCGGCGUGACUCAGCGUCAACCGCUUCACGUCCUGGGACACCGAGACGGUCCACCAACACGCCAAACCCUGCACCACAGACAUCGAACGCCAGCCGUUCAUUUGGUUCACUCCUCAAUGGUGAUUCGUCACCCCGCUCAUAG